UGCAAAAGCUUCCGUUGCCGUGCUCACAGCAAAGACAUCCCGAACGAAACCGUCGCUCGGUUGCUGUGUGUGUGCACUCGUAUGCGUAAUCUGCGCACACAAAGGGGAACAGCACAAAGCAAAAACGAAGGGCUGCUGCUGCUGACGAAAGUGACUCGAUCCUGCUGCUGUAGGCGGACACACGGAGGACUGUGGAGCGAAUUUCGUCGUCGUUGUUGUUGUUGUACACCUUUCCGUGCAAAUUCGAGUGUGUGAAAAACCGUGCCCGUGAAUCAUCAUCAUCGUGUAGCGUGAAGAAACCCUUUUAGCAAAAAGAGCAUGCAGCAGUGAAAAUUCGGUGCGACGAAGUUUGUCCAUCGCUCGGUCUCUAAUGUAAUAGUAUGGUAUCACGGUUUGAACGCCUAAUGGGGUGCUCCUCUAUCCCGAUAGGAGAGACCUCGCCUGAGACGGUGGCACAAUGCUCAGGCCGGGGCGACUGUCUGAAUGGUACGUGCCUGUGCGAGAUUCGCUACAGUGGCGAAGAAUGUUCCGGCUUUAAUCUACCCUACCAUGCUGGCAUUUCGGCCGUCUUCUACUUCGUGGGCUUUGUGUCGCUGGUGCAGCUGAUGAUCUGCAUCAUCGCCGAGUACCAGCGGCUGAAGCAGCCCAGCUUUCUGGCCGCCUGCCGGCUGACCACCCAGAAGCUGCUGUACUUUUUCGUCUUUAUUGCGGCGGUUCUGCGCGGCGCUUACUUUACUACUCCGGAAACGCUACAACCGGCAUGGGUGUCGUAUCUGAUGUCGCUGUACUAUCCUCUCGUCAUGACCUGCGCCUCGCUCGUGGUUUGCCUGUGGGCAGAGAUCUUCCACCUGCAAGGCAUCCGCUGGGAACGGUCCCAAUUUCUAUCGAAAAGCUUUCUCGGCUUUCUGGCCUUCAAUCUGCUCCCGUACAGCCUGUUUCUGGCGGAGAUUGCGUACUCGCACCUGUUCACCGGCCGCAGCACAUCGUUCUUUAACGGAUGCUACGCGGUGCUGCUACUGAUCGUGGUCAUCUUUUUCCUCAUCUACGGUGUCGAGGUGUUCUUCAAGGUUCGUGGCGGCUUCGUGUAUGACUUUGGCGUGGUGCCAAACAGCGAAAAUGUGAACGCUUCCCAGCUGCACCAGUCGCGCUUCGGUUUGCUGAGCCAGGCGAUCAUGAUGAUAGUGAUCGUCGGGUUUCUCACCUCUGAAACAUUGGGCGAUUUCUGGAAAAAGAAAGUACCGGUAUACUCGCGCAACUGGCACGACAUCGUGUUCCGGCUGGCGGAGGUCGGCGUUGCCCUGUGGUUCCCGUGCUGCCUGUGGAACUCGAUGGCACCGGAGCAGCUGUGGAUACUGAACCCGCGCAAGCUGCUGACGCGCCAGAUCGACCCGGUCGCCGGUGGCAGCGGGUGCGGGGCCGGCACCGCCGAAGCACCGGCCGACCCGUCCACCUCGGCCAACGCGGAGGAGGGCCAGUCGUUUUUGGCGAAGAAAGAUUGCUGGAUCUGCUACGACACGGACAAGCCGGAACCGCUGAUACAGCCGUGCAAGUGCAUCGGUGACGUCAGCUCGGUGCACCACGAGUGUUUGCGCCGCUGGCUGGUGGACAGCUGUGCCAACAGUGAUGCGGUGCUGAAGUGCAAAGUGUGCGACUCGCCGUACGAGAUCGAGCGCUCUAACAGGCUCGAUUGGGAGAAGGGUUUCACGAUCCAGCACUGGGCCAAAACGAUCAUCAUCGUGACGCUGAUGUGCAUCACGGGUGCAGGCGCCUGGGUCAUCAUCCAGCUGAACGAGGACUCGUUCGUGCGCGUCCUCGUCGCCGGGUUCGCGAUCAUCAUCGGCUACAUACUGUUCAAAAUGCUCGGCGAAAACACGGUCACCGCGAUCCAGCGGGCGAAGGUGAGCUCGAUCUACAUCGUCACCUCGGUGAAUGAUUUGCAAACUUAGGUGCAGGAGUGGUGAUGUUUUUUUUUUUUGAUUCGCCGAAAGACUCUGAAUGAAAGUGUGUAACACACAUGGAUUGUGAUUGUGGAAUUGCGUGCGUGCGUGCGCAAAAGUAAGUGAGUGAGUGUGCCCGCGAGACGCUGCGCACUUAUGCGCUAUUUACAUUACGUUUGUGUGAGCAAUAGAGAGAGAGAGAGAGAGAGAAGGAGAAAUGAUCUUUCAGUUUGUUGGAUGCCAAAAUCGAAAUCGAAGCAAGCGGGUACAGCGCUUGCCGGCUUUCUAGACAACAACAAAACAGCUGCAGACCGCCGCACGUGUUGACAAGAAACAGACAAGAGAUUGUUUAAAUCCCACACCUGCUUUAUACCUUUGCGCGCGCUUGUGGCUUUUGGUUGCAAGUUGCAACGAGGAACGUUAUUUACUCUGCAUGCUCGGGCUCGACCGAGCAAACCUACAAUACAUACACAUAUAUUUACAUCCACACCCAUAUAUUUAACCGUACAGCAACAGCGAACCUUCUUCACUGUUGGUGUACAUGGCAUGGCGGUUAUGUUUUUUUUAAUGCUGUAUGCUUAUGCUAUUUACAUACAAGUAUGUAAGCAGGAAUAAGGUACAACAGCACAGCACCGACAGCCACACAUGCCGCCGUAGGCCGGAUACUGCUGAUAUACUCCACGUGUUUUGUGGUCAUCUUUGUCGUCGUCACCACCCGGCGGCGGCAGUCGAUUUCGGACCGGUUCCUUUUGCCCUUUGCCAGAUUCGAUUUCGAUUAACAUUGUGUUUUGGUAUUGGCUUUAAUGUUUUAACAGCAACAAAACACACAUGCAAAAAAACAACAACCAUGGAACGAUCGAAUCAAAUAAGUUUCAAAUCUAAAAUAAAAACUGUUAAACGAAUCAAUUGUGGCAGGAGGGAAGGAGAGAAAAGUCCAGCAGACCGCCACACCGGGUGUAGGAGACGUACAGGGGUGGCACACAACACGUACCUAGUCUUUCCUAUAAAAAAACACAAAAAAACGUAAAACAAGCAACCCCAUGUUUGAGCUCCACAUUUGGAAGAUCAAUAAUUUACCAAACAAUUUCCCACCACCACUUCCCGCUUCUUACUCUCCCCGUCAUCCCCUGUUUUCCCCUUCGUUAUAGUAAGAGUGACCGUGUGUGUGUGUGUGUGACUUUUUUUUUAAUUUACAUACAUAUAUCCAUGCAAGUGAUAUUGAGUUAAUGCGUGAGCGUAUUUUUAAACAAACAAAAAACGAGAAAUACAAAAAAAAACAUUAUAAUUGUAAGCAUA